AUGAACAAAAAUGAUUACAUUAUCCUGGCACAAACUCUAAACACUAUUUGCUAUGUGAUCACAAUUGCAGUGGGAAUCGGAGGCAACUUUUGGGUUUCUUGGAAGGUCGGUGUAGUGGUUAUGUUCGACAAAACUACAGUACCCCGCAAAGUGGUCUCUCUGAUUCUGUUCAUUUGCAUUGCUGACCUAUUCGUCCUGUCACAUCUGAUUCUAUAUGUACAUUUUCAAUUUUAUCAGCAGUGGAUUUUUGGGUCAAUUGUUUGCAAGUCAUUUUACAUCAUCGAAGUAGUCAACAAGCUCGUCAUCCCGCUCGCCCUCCUUUUAAUCAGUCGAGAAUCCUACGAAUCCGUCAAAAUGACGUCACACAAGUGCUCGAAAAAGGGAUUGGCACCGUGGACGAUUCUGUUCCGGUUGUAUGCGGGAAUGGCGUUUUGUGCAGUGGUCAUGUUGGUGAUCUCGGUGCUCAUUUUCGCCGACACCCGAAGGUAUAAGAUUCCAAGGAAGGGAGUGCUUAAUGAAGUGACCGUUUGCAGUUUUCAUCCGCCACAUCCCUACGCCACCAUCUUCAAUGUACUGGCGUUCAUCUUUGGGUAUGUUCUCACAAGUGCUGCCUACGUGUAUUUCUAUCUGAGAGUUCCGAUAAUUCUGAAAAGACGAUAUUCGUCCAUCAGAACUACUUCGAGCAGUUCCAACCGUAUCAACUGCACAUCAAUUCUGCGCAUUCGUCGUACUGUAACUGCAUUUGUCAUUGUGUACCUAGUCUGUUGGACUCCUUACUGGUGCCUUUUUUGGCUCCUUUCCUUUUUCCCAAUCGCCAAUAACUGGAUGGUUGUGGUCUCUACGUUUACCCACCUGCUACCGUAUAUUUCGUGCACCGCGUAUCCGGUGAUUCUAACAGCAAUCAAUAAGGGAAUUCGAAGUGCACAUUCGACAAUUAUGACUAGUCAGAGAAAGAAGUUGAUGACGAUUCGAGCUGGGGCUUAUCAGAUGAUAACCGCACAACUUGGAUUUGUGCAAACGUGGCUGCGAGACGAUCAGAAUGGCGGCACACUAGCUCCAAGUCUGAUUAGUCCCAGAUGGAGCUCUUCUGGAAGUGUUGGAAUUUCGAAAAUCCACGUGUCAAGUGUAGAUGUCGAAGAGGAUGAGGAGCCACCGACGACUCAGAUCUUUUUGUAUCCGGAAUGCGAAAUUUGCGCCAUGGAGUACAGCAAAGAGAAUGUCCCAAAAAUUUUGACGGAAUGCGGGCAUUCGAUAUGUUCUAAUUGUGUGGAACAGUUGGCAAGCAGAUAUAUUAAUUGGUAUUUGUUAUGUCCAUUUUGCAAUUUCGACAGACUGGUUAUCAAUUGUGCACUAAUGAAUAUUGUAAAGGAUAUUGCAAAAUUAAGAGGUCCGGAGCCGGAGCCAGAAGAAGCUCCUGAAAAAUCCCAUCAAGAAAAUAACUAA